AUGUUUGUUCUCUUCCUAGCGGAACCGCCUCGAGUGAACUGUCAUUAUGAACGAGUCAAGGUUGAGUCGGAGGCAUGGUUUGCAGAAAAAUGUCGGCUGAAUGCUCGUCGGAGACGUGUCAUCAGUGAAACUGAUUUCUCAUAUUUCUGUGCUAUUACCGCCGCUGAUGCCGGACCACAGGAGCUGAGGACUCUGUGUGACUGGGGAAACUGGGUUUUUCCUUUUGAUGAUUUGUUUGAUAACGGUAAUCUGAAAGAGAACCCCGAAGAAGCACAAAAAGUGAUUGAUGUUCUGUUAUCAGGCAUGGAAAUCGGCGAGGACCGUUUGAAUACAGGAACGAAUUCCCGCCGACACAGCCAUUUAUCUAUUGAGCUGCAAUCACUUGUGGAUGUCCACGAAUCGGUUUGGACUAGGAUCGCUCAAGAUCCUCCGAUUGGAGUCCAAAGACGCUUUGCCAAGUAUAUGAACAACUAUUGCAAAGGCAGUAUAGAGCAGGUACAAUGGCGAUCUCAGAGGCGGUUUCCAUCACUUCAAGAGACGCUUGAGAUGAGACGGAAAUCAGCUGGUGUUUCGCCGUUGUUUGCAUUGGCCGAAUACGCUCUCAAGCUCGAUCUACCUGAUGAAGUAUUUGAGUGCGAAAGUAUCAAAGAAAUCGAAAGGAUUGGUGUUGAUUUUGUCGUCAUUCAAAACGAUAUCUUAUCUUAUUGCAAAGAGGAGGAUGAAGGAGUCCGGCACAACCUAGUCGCAAUAACCCGUUAUGAACUGCAAUCAACCAAUCCUCUGGGAACGCCCCAUCCUCAAGCUGCAUUUGACAGUGUUGGCGCACUCCUCGCUGAUCUGUAUCAGCGAUGGUUUCUUGCAUUAGCGAAACUACCUUCAUGGGGCGAGAAAAUCGAUAUAGACGUUCAGAGAUACAUUGCCAGCGUGAGGGCGGUGAUAAUGGCAAAUUUAAAUUGGAGCUUUCGAUCAGAAAGAUAUUUUGGACGGCGAGUUGCAGAGGUAAGGCGGACGCGGGUGGUGCAAGUAUUAAAGAAAUUGCCAUGA